UGUAGACGUUCAUCAAUUCAUGUUCAUCGCUUUGCUAAAAAUAACAUUUAAUGCUAGCUGUCUCUCAUGUCUCUCUUAGUGUUUGUUAUGAUUAUAUGUAAGUAAUGAAAAUGAGGUGAUGGGCAAUUGUGGUAGUAAAAGAAACCAACAAGAACAAUCUUGGAUAUAUGGUCAACGGUUUAACUGGUUUUUUGAUAGAGUAAAACUGACACGGAAAGAAAAGUACGAGUUCCUGCUUGCAGUCAAAAAUAAACCGGAAGCCGAUGUUAUUACAUUUAUAAGAGAGCAUCCUUGGGUACUAUCAUGCAUGUUUUGGUUUGACACCUACACUUGUACUAAAGAGAAAGGAACUAAAACUGAGCAUGUUGUGAACUGCUCCUGUUCACAAGAUUUAGAAAUAUGUACAAAAGAAGGUAUAGAUGAAGAUGAAAUGAUAAAUAGACUAGAAAUAAGCAUUGCAUAUGGUACGUGUCCACACCUAAUAUUUGCCAAAUACGGCCUUAGUGUUUCAUGUGAGCAGGACAUCACAUCAGCUGAUGUUUUUAAUGUUUGGGAUACCAGUGAUAUGACGGAGAAUGUAAGACAUUUGUCUAGACCUAGUGCUGGUGUAUAUUUAAUCCAUUUACUAAUACUGUACUGCAAAUUUAAAACACUUACUGAAGUUUUACCUCUUUAUACUACAUUGAAAAUGAAAGUUGAGGACAUGGUUUCAGUAAAGCAUCAGAUGUCUCCUGUGCUGUUUGCAGUUGCACACUAUAGGAUUUCUAUGGCAAAGAUGAUUGCACAAUAUUUUUCACAAGACCUAGUGGUCCGUGAACCAUGUAAGGUAGAAAAUGAUUACCUACGCCAUGGCGCACUCUACAUCGCACUGAUGACGAAUCAAUUCAGUGGAUUCACCAUGCUUUUACCUUUUCAUUACGAUUACUUCUAUUUUAGUCAUUUACGGGAGACUUGGCAACUAUGGGCCGAGAAACUUGGAAAGUGCAUUGAAGAUAAAAGGAAAGUGGAAGCAGACCUUCUUCUGUCGCCUAAAAGGAUAUCAAUUUUGGGAUAUAAUUAUCUCUUUCAUUAUGCAUACCAAACAGGUUAGACACUAACACUUAUAACUGUUACAGUAUAACAGUGUAACACCUAGAAUAACAGUUGGUGACCGAAUGCACAUACUUGAGUCAUAAUAUAAAGUUUUAUUUGAAUCAGAUACAUUUUCAAAUAUUUGAGGGUCCCAUAUGCAAGAGAUUCUUGUAUUUAAAAACGAUAAUGUAUGGCUUUAAAAUCUUGCUGUUGUUUACAAUGCUACUCUAUAAUGUUUCUUUUCAUAUCUUACCACCUUCCCUUUGUUCGAUGCCGUUGUUGUUGUUAGUAUACAUCCAGUUGUCAGUGCUUUGAUACGAUCCUGAUUUAGUUGGUACAU